AUGACCCACAUAAUCUCCUACCACGAAAAAGGAAAAGCGGUUGUAAAUAAUAACAGUCACUCAAACUACUCGAGAAGGGAAAGGGAUUCUGAUGACUCAAACCUGAAGCCAAGAGUAUCGAGAGUAAGAGUCCAAACUCCAAACAACGCCGACCUGAUAAGACGACACUCACUCACUCUAAUCGGCAGAGUCACAAAUCCGGAAGCACAGAGAAUGUGGUCACUCAUCCCGGUCCUCUCAAAUCUGUGGAAAAAUGUGCUGAAAACAUCAACAAGAGCGACUGGGUCUGACCUAGGACAGGGGCUCUUUCAAUUACAAUUUUCCUUCGAGGAAGAUAUCCAAACCAUUCUAGACAACAGACCUUACCACUUUGCGCAGUGGAUGAUCAUAAUCCAAAGAUGGGAGUCCAUUUUAUCCCCUAGCUUUCCCUCGCAGAUACCCUUCUGGAUUAAAGUCCAAGGAAUCCCUGUGCACUUAUGGACCACGGAAAUAAUCAGAGGUGUGGGCAAAGAUCUUGGUCUGCUCGAAACUCUGGACAUCUCUCCGUCAGCAGCAAGAAUGCGAGUCCAAGUGAAUGGACUCCAGCCGCUUAUCAUGAAAUCCCACAUCGAGUUCCCUGAUGGAAAUGAGAUUAUUGCUACUCUUGUGUAUGAAAAGCUGGGAAAAUUCUGCAAAGUAUGCAACCGGUUAGAUCAUGAAAAGGAGUCCUGCCCCACCUUGACAAAGACUGAAUCAAGAUCAUCCAAGAUAAAGGCCCCUGGUUCUAAAGAAUCAAUCAAGGAUGGAAGAUAUGAACCUGUUAGAAACAAUGACAGAAACGGAAGGAGCUACAUGGGACCUUCUAGACCCCGGGAGUCUGAUCCAAGGGCCUCAGAGACACUUCAGAAUUCGAUCCGCAGCAGAAGAUCCUCUGAGAGAGGCUCCCCAAGGCGUCAAAACCUGAAAAACAGCACCUAUGAACCAAUCAGAAACAAAUCAUACUCAAGGAGCUCAUAUCGAAACCCAAACGAAAGGAGGGAACCUUACGGACCUGACCCGCGUAUCCACCAAAGAGGUUCAUCUGCUUCUUCGUAUCAUUAUCAUUCUUAUGGAAGAGACCACUCAACCAAUCAGGGUAGAGAAGUGGCAAGACAAGUAUGGAGGGAAAAAGCGAGAUCGCCUAUAAGACAAAUGAACCCUCUAUCGGAAAAUUCGAGGAUCCAGGAAAAUAAUGAACAGCUGGUGGAUAUUCCAAUCACUCCUAUAGAAAACUUACCCCAGCAGGCGAUGGAAGAAGCCAUCGGGGAACUGAGGGACGUCAUGAUCAGAUAUGCUAAUUGUGAGGAUCCGACUGAAAAUGCUGCCAGAAGAGAAAGAGUAAGACUUGCUGAAGAGGCUGGGGAAUUUGAGGAGACUGCAGCUAACAUGGUGAGAUCUGCACUUGCAACUCAAAACCAACAGGAUCAGAGUCCACAGUCAGAACAAGACCAACAAGAGAGAAUCUCAGUUUCUCAAAGACUGGGACCGACUAAUGAAAUGGCUGCAGUACCUGCUCCCAGGAAACGGGGAAGACCUCCAGGGGCAAAGAAAGCUCAUUUCAGCCCCUCUAUCCUUAAUGGUGCUUGCUCCAAAAAACGUCGGGUCAUGCAAACUCAACAAUCACCAAAAAGACGUAAACAAGCUCUGAAUAUCACUCGCAAUGAGGAACAACAACUUAUCACAGGGGAAGUUCGAGCAGAGGAAUACCUCCAAGUAAAGGAAAGGGAUCUCACCAUCAAGGGGCUCAGGUGA